AUGAAGCAAGACGAGGUUGAUGGAGAUGAUUAUGAUGCUGACAACAUCAACUCUGAAAAAGAAAACAGAGAAAAAUUGGCAAAGAGUCCGGUGGUCGAAUUGGUUAAGAUGGGAGAUCUUUUCCUCAACAAAACAGUUUUGAAAGCGAGGUUUGAGUUAUGUGCUAUGAAGCAUAACUUUCACUACACAGUUACCAACUCCAAUAAAUCAGUUUGGUGUAUUAGAUGCGCUGAUAAGGUGUGCUUUUGGGGUGCUCGAGCAGAGUGUUUGAAGGGCUCCACAUGUUUUAUUAUUAAGAAGUAUGUCGGUGUAAAUUCCUGCGCACCUUCAUGCAAAACCAGUGCCGGAAAGACAGCUUCAGCAAAAACGAUAGGCGGUCUGAUCAUGCAUAAAUAUGAAGGUAUCAAGGAAGGGCCUAAAGCGAAAGAUAUUGUUCAGAUUAUGCGUAAUGAUUAUGGAUGUGAGAUCUCUGAUUCUUUAGCAUGGGAUUCCCGUGAAUAUGCAGUCAACGCUAUUAGAGGUAUUCCAGACGAAAGUUAUGGGAAAAUACCAAAAUACUUGCACAUGCUGCGAGAGGCCAAUCCGGCAUUUGGUCAAUCGAUCAGAGGCUUAAGCAAAGUCAUGAGGCGUGUCAUUGUUGUCGAUGGAACAUUCUUGAAAAGUAAAUUCAAAGGGGUGCUACGGGUUGCAACUGCUAUAGAUGGAAAUUCAAAUUUAUAUCCUAUUGCAUUUAGGAUAGUAGACUCUGAGAAUGAACAGUCUUGGGAAUGGUUUAUGAGACAAUUAAAAGUUGUUGUUGCUGAUGAUAAUGGUUUGACUUUUAUUUCGGAUAGACAAGUGUCAAUAGCGAAGGCACUGGAGAAAGUGUAUCCGCUAGCGAGACAUGGUAUUUGUAUUCAUCAUUUGUUGAAUAAUGUGAUAUCAUAUUUCAAGGGGAAGGGAUUAGCUGGGUUGAUUUCUAAGGCUUCGAAGGCUUAUAGAGUGGUUGAUUUCAAGAAGACGUUUGCUCAUGUUUGCAAUAUCAGUCCAGCAAUUGGAAAUUAUCUUAUGGAAGCGGAUGUCAAAAAGUGGGCUAGAUGUCAAUUUCAUGGAUACAGGUAUGACAUUAGGACAAACAAUCCUGUAGAGUCGAUAAAUUCUGCGUUGCGUUCGCCAAGAGAGUUUCCCGUAAUUCCUUUGUUGGACAGUAUUAGAGAAAUGCUGACACGCUGGUUUUUUAAGCGUAAGAAGUUGAUUUCAAAGCACAUCCAUCGUUUGACCAUAGAUGUGGAGGAAAAGAUCGAUAGAAGAAUCGAAAAGGGGAAAAAUUUCGGAGUUUACCCUGUAACCGAUAGCCAGCUGCUUGUUAAAGGCGAUACAAUUGACUGCUUUGUUGAUUUGGACAAACGGACUUGUUCUUGUGGGAAGUACGACCUCUUGAAGAUCCCUUGUAGACGUGCAAUAAAAGCCGGUUUCUUUGAUGGUAGAGAACCAUAUAAAUUGACUGAUUUUUUGUAUACCACGGGAGCUUGGAGAGAAGCUUAUCAAGAAAGCAUAAAUCCCAUUUCAGUUCCUGAAGAUGGUUGGUCCGUCCCACAAGUUGUGGAAAAUUCUGAAGUGCUACCGCCUGAGACAAGAAGAUUUCUUGGAAGAAAUAGAAAACGCAUAUAUGAAACUGUUGAAGACAAAAUCCGAUCAUCACAAGGAUCACAGGGGGGUCAACUUCGCAAGUGCAGUAGAUGUGGUCUUGGUAGUCAUAACAGAGCAACUUGCAAGAUGCCAAUAUAG